AUGACGUUGCAAGCGAAUCUAAAAUCCCGAUUGGCUGCGGGUGAAACCAUCCUGGCGCCCGGCGCUUACGACCCCAUGUCGGCGCGGCUGGUGCAGUCGUUGGGUUUCGACACGGUCUACGUGGGCGGAUACAUGAGCGGGGCACACCUGGCCGUAACCGAACCUCUCAUGACCCUGACCGAGCAGGUGACCGUUGCCGAAAAGGUGGUCAAAUCGGUGAACCUGCCGGUAAUCUGCGACGCUGGCGCCGGCUACGGGGACCCGGUUCACACCAUGCACACGGUGCGCACCUUCGAACGGUCGGGCAUCUGCGGCAUCCACAUCGAGGACCAGGUAUUUCCCAAACGGGCGUCCUAUCACGCCGGCCUGGAGCACGUCAUCCCGAUGGACGAGUUCCUGGAAAAGAUGCGUUACGCACUGGAAGCGCGGACCGACCCCAAUUUCCUCAUCAUCGGCCGCACCGACGCUUUCACUGCCGUCGAGGGCGAUAUGGAGGAAGCCAUCCGGCGGGGCAAUGCCCUGCGGGACCUGGGCGUGGACGUUGUGAUGCCUCGCGGAGUGCGGCAGCGGGAAGACCUGGCGACCUUCCGUGCCGGCUGUCCUGACGUGCCGUUGCUGGUCAUAGCGGGCACCGACGACAUCUCGGUGGAGGAAUACGAGGAGCUGGGCUACAAGGUGAUCAUCUACGCCACCACGCCGGCCAUCGCCGCGCUGGAAGGGUUGAAACGGGUGUACACCAGCCUGCGCGACACCGGGCACAUAGGUAUCGGAGCAGCCGAUGUCGCCGCCCGCCGCGCCGAGGUCGAGGCGCUGAUCAGCCUGCCCGAGUACCAGGCGGUGGAAGCGGCCACCACGGAACGGGAUUUCCAGGAUCGCGUCGGGCAUUAG